AUGGAGCCCUUCACGAUAGGUCAACAAAAGGCCAACACUUUUGUGGACCAGUUUCUCAUACAUUUCCGGGACAUGUAUGGCCCGCAGUUGGAUCCCAUGUCUAUACCCAACUUCGGUGACUUUAAGCUUGAUAAUAUGGGAAAUAUACGGAUAUACGACCUAAAGCUGACGGGUAUAUCACACAUGAAACGGGAGGGUAGUAUAGAGGUGCACACCAAUGGGCGCAUGAAGUUGUGGACAAUUAAGACCAACCUCUCUAUCGCUAACAUAACGGCUGACUUCAAAGUGGACGCACAGCUCCACAAAGGCCUAUACAUAAGCGGUUGGGCGCUACAGGUGCUCAUCGACCGGUGCCUAUUGACGGCGGUAUUGGAUUACGACGAGUCCACCAAAAUGAUGACAGUGUCUAAGCUCGGGGUGAAUAGUAUUGAGGGGUUUACCCUGAACACGGACAACCUCUCGUGGCCUUUCAACGAUGUGGUGCCGCAGAUCAUUGACCACCAAAUGGAUCACUUGAAGACAGUCAUCGGCAGUCAUACCCACAAGUAUUUGACGCAAACCCUGAAGUCGUUUAAUGUGUCCAAACUGUUGGAUCGG